CGUGCAUCGUAUCAACACUGUACCCGAGACCGUGAGACGCGAUCCCUUAGUUCCCGUCUCCCGACACCAAUUACAAGCUCAAGGCGGCGCCAGCUUCCAGGGAGCUCGGCUGCAUGCGAGUCUUGGGUCAUAGCAACGCAAGCGCCACCGCAGCCGGGAAAUCCCAGGAGCAGGAUGCGCCCUUCAACGCCCCAGUGCUAGAACCGUCCAUCGCUUGUUCCACACGCCACCAUCGCUCUCGACCUGCGGCCCUCGACUCGCAGCGAACAAUCACUAGCGAUGGCGCCCUCCGCGACAGACGAGACGGUCAGCCAACGGGACGCCUGGAAGAACCUGCCCCCGCCAACUGUGUAUCCGGUCAAGGAAGCCAAAUUCGAGAAGUACCUGCCGCCGCAGUUGGAUGGCCGAGAACGUGCUCUCGCCCGGCCUGAAGGACAGGCCGCCAUCGUGAUCGACAAUGGCUCGUCUACCGUCCGCGCGGGCUGGUCAUUCGAGACCAAGCCGCGCCUGGCGAUUCCUCCCAUCAUGUCCAAGUACCGCGAUCGGAAAUUCGGCAAGACCUUCUCGUUCGCCGGCCAAGACUGCUACGCCGACACCACCGCCCGUGGUCACAUCCGUAACGCCUUCGAAGCAGGCACUGGCAUCGUCAGCAACUGGGACGUGAUGGAGCACGUCCUCGACCAUGUCUUCAUCAAGCUCGGCAUGAAUGGGGUGGAGGGGGGCAUUGACAUGCCCAUUGUCAUGACCGAGGCUGUCGCAAACCUCCCAUACUCGAGGAAAAUGAUGAGCGAGAUAAUCUUCGAGUGCUACAGCGCGCCCAGCGUCGUCUACGGGAUUGACUCGCUCUUCUCAUACCGCCACAACCAGGGCAAGACCGGCCUGGUUGUGUCUUCCUCGUACAGCGCCACCCAUCUCAUCCCGGUCUACAACUCCAAAGCCUUGCUGUCCCAGACAAUAAGGCUGAACUGGGGUGGCUGGCAUGCCGCCGAAUACCUCCUCAAGCUCAUCCGGCUCAAAUACCACACCGGGUUUCCGGGGAAGCUCAACUCCUCACAAGCCGAGCACAUGAUCCGUGAUUUCUGCUACGUCUCGCUGGACUACGACAACGAAGCUGCGCGGUUCAUGGACUGGGCGGGGCUCGAGGACAGGGAGCGCAUUAUUCAAUACCCCUAUACGGAAGAGGUGGUUGUGCAAAAAAGUGAAGAGGAGCUGGCGCGAAUCGCCGAGAGGAAAAAGGAGAGUGGCCGCAGGCUGCAGGAACAAGCAGCCAAGAUGCGCUUGGAGAGGUUGAUGAAAAAGGAGCAGGAACUCGAGUACUACAGGGACGUACAGCGCCGGCUAGCCGACCAGAACAAGAAGGAGGCGAAACGGCUGCUGGACGAAGCCGAACUGAAGGACGAGGCCGCCCUGGAGCGAGUGAUCCGCGAUCUCGAACGCUCCAUCAAGAAAGCCCGGACGAAAGACCUCGGCGGCGAGCAGGAGGAGGAGCAGGAAGCUCCCGAUUUCAGCCUGCUGGACGUGCCAGACGAGCAGCUCGACGAGGCGGGUUUGAAGCAGAAACGCCAGCAACGGCUGCUCAAGUCGAACCACGACGCCCGGGCACGGGCGAAAGCCGAGAAGGAAGCCGAAAAGGCCAGGAUAGCAGAAGAGGCCCGGCUCGACGAGGAACGGCGCAUCAACGACCUGGAGGGCUGGCUCGAAGAAAAGCGCCAGGCGCGCCUCGCCAAGCUGGCCCAGAUCAAAGAGCGCGAGCGCCUCAAGGCCGACCUCGGCAACCGCAAGUCCCUCGCCAGCCAGAUCCGCAUGAAGAACAUCGCCAACCUCGCGUCGGACGCGCCCACGGGCGCCGCGGGGAGCCGCAAGCGCCGCCGCGGGGGCGACGACGACGACUUUGGCGCCGACGACGCCGACUGGGGCGUCUACCGCAGCGUCGCCAUCGGCGCUAACAGGGGCGACAGCGACGACGAGGAAGAGGGCGAGGAGGACCUCGAGGCCGCCGUGCGCGCGCUCGAGGCCGACCUGCUCACCUACGACAAGGACUUCACCUACGAGCAGACGCUCGACGCGCAGAAGGACUGGUCCAAGUCCCUCCUGCACGCGUUCCGGUACGGGCCGCGGCCCUUCGACCCGUCCUCCCCGGCCGAGACCCACCGGCUGCACCUCAACGUGGAGCGCAUCCGCGUGCCCGAGGUGCUCUUCCAGCCCGCCGCCAUCGCGGGCGUCGACCAGGCCGGCGUCGUCGAGAUCGCCGGCGACAUCCUCACCCAGCGGCUGCCCCCGCUCCUCGGCCGCGACGCCGCCGGCGACUUCCUGCGCGACGUCUUCCUCACCGGCGGCGUCACGCUCUUCCAGAACUUCGACGAGCGCCUGCGCCAGGGGCUGACCGCGCUGCUGCCCGCCGGCGCGCCGCUCGCCAUCCGCCGCGCCCAGGACCCCGUGCUGGACGCCUGGCGCGGCGCCGCCGGCUGGGCGUGCACCGACGAGGCGAAAAAGGCCUGGAUCACGCGCGAGGAGUACCUCGAGAAGGGCGGCGAGUAUAUCAAGGAACACGACCUGGGCAACGCCUUCCCUUGACCGGCUGGGCAGGAGGAGUGACAUAAUAAGGACGGACGAUCGAUGGCACUCGAGUGGAGAUAAGACGGGUCGAGGUUGGGAAGUGAUUGAUUAUCCGGGGCGUUGGUUGGUUUUUGCCGUUUGGCCUGCGUUCUUUCGGUUUCCUCACGCUAGCAAUCGGAGUUAUGAAAGUUACAGGC